CUUUAGGUAAUCAUUUGAACAGUUUUUUGGUAGUAGUUAGCAAAUAACAUUAGCUACUGUAGCUAAAACAWUAACUAGACACCGCUGUCAUCAUGGCGAAAUGGGGAGAAGGGGAUCCACGCUGGAUCGUGGAGGAGAGAGCCGAUGCAACAAACGUCAAUAACUGGCACUGGACCGAACGAGAUGUGACAGGCUGGUCGACAGACAAGCUGAAGGAGCUCCUAUUGGGGCUGCGCGUGGAGGGCCCAGAGGGGAGCUGCGAGGUCACCGACGUCCCCAAGCUGGACGGUGAGGCAUCCAUCAACAACCGCAAGGGGAAGCUCAUCUACUUCUACGAGUGGAACGUCAAGGCGACGUGGACUGGAACAUCAAAAACCGGAAUCAAGUACAAGGGGAACAUCGAAGUUCCCAACCUCUCCGAUGAAAAUGACAUGGACGACCUAGAUAUCAGUGUGUCACUUUGCAAAGAUGAACCCAACACAACCCUCACCGAACUCAUGAAGAAGGAGGGAGCGAAGAAAGUGCGCGCUGCCCUGGGGAGCUAUGUGGACCACCUCAAAUCCGAGUUCACUCAGGGCAUGAUCCUCCCAACGGCGAAUGGGGUGGCGAGCAAGCCACAGCCGUCGCAGACGCAGACAAAGGUCAAAGUGGACAAAACCCAGAUUGGCUCCUGCGUAUCAGCCCCCUCUCCUAGCACAGGGGUCAAGAUCCCCACCUGCAAGUUUAGUCUCAAGGAGACCUUCCUCACCUCACCUGACGAGCUGUACAGAACCUUCAUCAACCAGGACAUGGUCCAGGCGUUCACCCAUACUGCAGCAGUGGUUGACGGAGACAAAGGAGGGAAGUUUCAGCUGCUAGAGGGAAGCGUCAACGGAGAGUUUCUGGAGCUGGUCCCAGAUGAAAAGAUAGUUAUGAAAUGGAGGUUCAAGACCUGGCCCUGUGAGCACUAUGCAACUAUUACCCUGAACAUGAAGGAUCGAGGCAAUGAGACUGAGCUGAAGGUAGAAUGUAAAGGAGUCCCGACGGUAGAGGAGGAUCGGACAAAGGAGGGUUGGAAGAGACACUACUUUGAAGCCAUCAAACAGACUUUUGGAUUCGGGGCCCGACUCUACUGAAUAAUGUUUAAAAAAAACUAAAAAAAACAGAUUAUUUAAUGUGGAUGAAUACUCUCUUUAGCACAGUCUCUCUUGUAGCACCAGCCCUACAUCGUGCGUAGACAAACGGUGCCUUUUCCACUUGGAAGACUGGCAGUCCGUGUAAGGGUCAUUGGUUCAAGGCUUUCUUUGAUGUCUGUAGAAACAAUUACUCGAACGACAGUAUAUUUGGAAUUAACUAUUAGCAUUCUCAAUCUCCAAUUCUGCACAUUUAAAGUGUGUCAUGCUGAAAUAAAUUACAUUUUUACUGAA